AGCACCAUGGACAGCAGUGUCCUGCCCGGGAACGCGGGCAAUUGCACCGAUCCCUUCGCGCAAUCCAGUUGCUCCCUGGCACCUAGCCCCGGUUCCUGGACUAACUUGUCCCACUUAGAUGGCAAUCUGUCCGACCCAUGCGGUCCGAACCGCACCGAGCUAGGGGGGAGCGACAGCCGGUGCCCUCCGACUGGGAGCCCCUCCAUGAUCACGGCUGUCACCAUCAUGGCCCUCUACUCCAUCGUGUGCGUGGUGGGGCUCUUUGGAAACUUCCUGGUCAUGUAUGUGAUCAUCAGAUACACCAAAAUGAAGACUGCCACCAAUAUCUACAUUUUCAAUCUUGCUCUGGCAGAUGCCUUAGCUACCAGUACUCUGCCCUUCCAGAGUGUAAAUUACCUAAUGGGAACAUGGCCUUUUGGAACCAUCCUUUGCAAGAUUGUGAUCUCUAUAGAUUACUACAACAUGUUCACCAGCAUAUUCACCCUCUGCACCAUGAGUGUGGAUCGUUAUAUUGCAGUCUGCCACCCUGUCAAGGCCCUGGAUUUCCGUACUCCCCGAAAUGCCAAAAUUGUCAAUGUCUGCAACUGGAUCCUGUCUUCUGCCAUUGGUCUGCCUGUAAUGUUCAUGGCAACAACAAAAUACAGACAUGGCUCCAUAGAUUGUACGCUAACAUUCUCUCACCCAACCUGGUACUGGGAGAACCUACUGAAGAUCUGUGUCUUCAUCUUUGCCUUCAUCAUGCCUGUCCUCAUAAUUACAGUGUGUUAUGGACUGAUGAUCUUACGCCUCAAGAGUGUCCGCAUGCUGUCAGGCUCCAAAGAAAAGGAUAGGAACCUGCGGAGGAUCACCAGGAUGGUGCUGGUGGUUGUGGCUGUAUUCAUUGUCUGCUGGACUCCCAUUCACAUUUAUGUCAUUAUUAAAGCCUUGAUCACUAUCCCAGAAACUACUUUCCAAACAGUUUCAUGGCACUUCUGCAUUGCUCUAGGUUACACAAACAGCUGCCUGAACCCAGUCCUGUAUGCGUUUCUGGAUGAAAACUUCAAACGAUGCUUCAGAGAAUUCUGUAUCCCAACCUCCUCCACGAUUGAGCAACAAAACUCCACUCGAAUUCGUCAGAACACUAGAGACCACCCCUCCACCGCCAACACAGUGGACAGAACAAACCAUCAGCUGGAAAAUCUGGAAGCAGAAACAGCUCCGUUGCCCUAACUGGGUCUUG